AUGACGUACCCGUUAAAAGAAGAACAUUUAACUAAUUGGGAUGCACUAAAAUCUAAACAAUCUUCUAUUGUAUCAUUACGUGAAAAUAACCUACUAUCUAUUCCAAAUAAUAAACAUUUAUUAACAUCACUCUCACCACGCACUAAUCUACCACAAAAGGAACCUCAUACUCUUCGAGAUCUUUAUAAUGAUUUACCAGAAAAAGGUGUACCAUUUGCAACUCAAUUUAAUAAUGCACGAAGGGAAGAAAAAAAAGAAAACAAACUUUUCGCAAAGACGUCACCAACAACAACACAUCGACAUCAUCGAAAAUCUCAUCAUAAUAACCAUGAUAUAUCUAUCAUGAAAAAUAAUUCAGAUCAACAACGUUAUGAAACAGUUGAGAAAGUAUCACCAUCAUCACCUCCAAUAUCGCAUGAAAAUCAUAAACAACAAACAUCACCGCCCAAACAAUAUACACCUGUGGAAGAUGCUGAUAAUAUAGAACAUUUGGAUCGAUCAAGUAGACAACGAAGUUCACAAUAA